GUAAUCAUCGCCGUCGAGCUGCGCUCAGUCGAUCGUUGUCUUCCCUCGCGAACGUAUCUUCGCGCUCACGUCCAUUCGCGAAUGAUAGCCGGUAACAUCGCUACACGUGUGUUGUGCGAAAAAAGCGAAUAUGAUGGCAAACAUAUGUUACCGUCAUUGAGAAACACUGAAACUUUUUCCACUUGACGUCAUCGCGCACGUGUUGAUUUUCGCGCCAUGUAUCUCAUAGAAAUUCCAACGAUUGCAAAUUUCUAAUAGAAAUUUCUCGCGUGACAAUUAAUAUUACAUUGUCAAAGUCAAAGAAUUAAUUUCAAUGUUUCCGCAUUUCUUUCUAUCAUUCUUUUAAUAAGCUGAUUAUUUUUGAUAAGCUGAAGUCGAGAUUGUUUCCUAAUUACGGUUGUUACAACGAUGAUAAAUCACGAAUAAUUAAAUCAAGUAAAAUUGAAAAAAUUAAAUUUAAAAUUUGAAGGAAAGAAUAAGGAAUACAAUAACAGAGAGAAUAUAAAAGCAAAAAUGGUAGCUGUAUCGGAAAAAGGGUACUUCCAUUGGAUCGAUUGGCUGGUGUUUGCACUUACGCUUCUCGUGUCUACUAUAGCCGGCUUAUUGCACUUCAGAAGGGCGCAAAAGUCGAACACACAAGACUACCUGCUCGGAGGAAGAAGCUUAGGACUCUUUCAAAAAAAAAAAAAAACGUCAAUUAUGCUUAUCUUCAUAUCAGGCGUGACGAUCUUGGGUACUCCAGCAGAGAUUUACAACUUCGGCACGCAAUACUGGAUCACGAUCAUCUCGAUUUUCUUUUCCGGUGUCGUGGUCGCCACCGUGUAUCUUCCUGUCUUUACCACCUUACAACUUAAUUCCGUUUACGAGUACUUGGAAAUCCGAUUCGAUCGGAGCGUGCGGAUCCUUAUUUCUUUGAUUUUCGUUUUUGAUGCGGUUCUUUAUCAAUCGAUUGUAAUCUACGUCCCCGCGCUGGCAUUAAAUCAAGUCAGCGGUAUCAAUAUAUACUUGGUCGGAUCCAUUGUAUGCAUGGUCUGUGUUUUUUAUACCGUCUUGGGUGGUAUUCGAGCUGUGGUUUGGACAGACGCGUUGCAAGUCGGGGUGAUGAUAGCGGCGGCUAUCUCAGUUACCGCUCUAGGCACCUAUCAAAUGGGAGGAAUGUCUGAGAUUUGGAACAAAGCCGUCAAAGCCGGUCGUAUCGAAUUUUUAAACUUCGAUCCGUCACCUUACACGAGGCAUACCGUUUGGACGGUGCUGAUUGGUUCUUGGUUAUACUGCACCGCGUACGUUGCCGUCAAUCAAACUAUGGUGCAACGAUAUAAAUCGUUAGAGAGUACGAAGAAAUCGCAAUUAUCCAUCGCGAUAUUCACCAUCAGCGUAAUGGUGUUUAUUUCAAUAUGCUGUUGGUGCGGAUUAGUCCUCCUUGCCUGGUGGUUACCACCGAAAUGCGAUCCAAGAGUUUCUGGCUUAAUUACGGCCGACGAUCAAUUGCUGCCGGCUUAUGUCAUGGAGAUUGCAGGUGAUUUGCAUGGAAUACCUGGCCUCUUCAUUUCCGGAAUUUUUGGCGCAGCACUGAGUUCGUUAUCGGUAGGCUUCAACUCGACGUCCGUUGUGAUUCUAGAAGACUUCAUUAUGGGUUGUUUUAAAAUGAAACUGAGCGAUCGAUGUUCCAUUAUUUUCGUGAAAAUCCUUGUCAUCUUCUUCGGUCUGCUGGCAUUGAGCUUCCUUUUCUUGAUCGAGAAGCUGGGGGGAGUUUUAUCCGUGACAAACAGUUUGGCCGCCAUCGCUGCCGGGACUUCCUUUGGCGUUUUCACUCUGGGAAUUUUAUUUCCCUGGGCAAAUUCCAAGGGUGCCUUUAUUGGUGCCAUUGCAGGAUUCAUGAUGUCUGGAUGGGUUAGUUUCGGAGCAAACGCAGCUAUCGGUUCUGGUCUCGUGGUGCCAAAGAAACUUCCAGUUUCGUCUUGCACCGAAGAUAUCAACUAUGUCUUUGUAAAUCAAUUCGAACAAUCAAGCGAAGACAACGUGUUUCCAUUAUAUCGGUUGUCUUACCAUUGGGUUGCCCCUAUUGGCACGUUGGUAGUACUUGUGAUAGGCGGGUUAGUCACCUGGAUAACAGGUGCAAGGGAUCCCUCAACGAUCGACAAGAAUCUGCUCUCUCCGGUGAUUCAUAGAUGGUUACCCCGACAGAAAUAUCAAAAUGAGAUAAAUGAAUUGUGUAUGUCAGUACCAACAGAUCCGCAAAUAUCAGCAAAUUUAUUAUCGGUCAUUCGACAAAAAUCCCAUCCUAAUAUUUUCCCGCAAAAAGAAGAGACGUUUACGAAUAAAUCAUCAUGAUCAAUCGAUAAAUAUAUCGAUACUAAACUAGGGCAAUCGCGCAAAUUUUUAAAUUUUUCCUAUAGUUAUAUAUUUUGAUAAUGGCCGUUUCCUAUAGUUAUAUAUUUUGAUAAUGGCCGUUUUUAUGCUUUAUCGCAUUUAUAUAAAAAUAAGUAGGAAAUGUACAUGUAUAUAAAUAUGUAUAAGAAUGUAUAAAAUAAAUCUCCGAUCCCGUCAGAAU